CCUGGCUCAGAUGUGUUAUUGAUGAAUGGAGCGACACGGAGGGACGGAAGAACGACCCCAGCAGCCGUCGGAGGAGCUGAACCCGGCUAUGAAGGGCCGACAAAGGACGACAGAAACCCGGCCUGAGGAUGAGGGAGCCAUGCCGUCCUCCUCCUCCGGCUCCGGCUCCGGCUCCGGCUCCGGCUCCGGCUCCGCGCUGCUGGCCCCGGCCUGCCCGGCCUCCCCGGCCACCCGCCGCUCCAUCUCCAUGGGGGACUUCCGCAGGGUGAGCGAGGCUCUGCUGGCCGGCUCCGAGCCCCCGUCCGCCGCCGCCACGGCCCCGUCCUCCCGGCUGGUGACCCCCAGCUCCAGCAUGGAGUUCGAGGCGGCGCGCCGCCGCCUGCUGGAGGUGGAGGAGCGGCAGCGCGCCAUCAGGGACAUGGAGCGGCGGCUGCAGGAGCUGCGGGAGGUGUUCGUGCGCUCCGAGCAGCAGGUGGUGGUGCACGGAGAGCUGGUGUCCAGGAUAAACGGACAGGCCCAGCAAGGGGAGCUGCACGUGGCAGAGAACAGCCAACGACUGAAAAAAGGUGCCAGGUUCAAGAAACAUCGACCCACCAUCAUCUUUUCCUCCAUGCUUGGACUUCGCACUUGCCUCCCCUGGCCUGUAAAGCUCAAAUGAAGACAAUAGAGGCACAGAAUUGUAAUCCAUCACUUUAAAAAAAAAAAAGUGCUUUACAUAACUGUGAGGACUAGGGUUGCCACCUU